UUUGUUGGAGAUUCCGCCAACUGCGUGGUUGGAGAGAGACUUCCGGUCGGCAGCCAUUAACAGUUUGUGGAGGCGAGAAGCUACUGGAAGUACUGGGAACAGAGGACUAGGGCAGACUUAGCCAUGCAUAGAGACUCCUGUCCACUCGACUGCAAAGUCUAUGUUGGCAACCUGGGGAAUAAUGGGAACAAAACUGAACUAGAGCGUUCCUUUGGCUACUAUGGACCCCUGCGCAGUGUUUGGAUCGCAAGGAAUCCAGCUGGCUUUGCCUUUGUGGAGUUUGAAGAUCCUCGAGAUGCAGCCGAUGCAGUCAGGGAACUUGAUGGGAGGACACUUUGUGGAUGCCGAGUCAGAGUAGAACUGUCCAAUGGAGAAAAGCGUUCACGUAACCGGGGCCCACCACCUCCUUGGAGCCGACGUCCCAGGGAUGACUAUCGUCGCAGGAGUCCUCCACCUCGGCGAAGAUCCCCACGUCGACGGAGCUUCAGCCGUAGUCGCAGCAGAUCUUUGUCAAGAGAUAGGAGGAAGGAACGUUCUUUAUCUAGGGAGAGAGACCAUAAACCUUCUCGUUCAGCAUCUCGUUCUCGUAGUCAUUCCCGGUCACGUGAAAGAAAAUGAAGGCUGAUGUUGGAGACGUUCAUCAACGUUCCACUUUAAGCACUAAAUGUGCUAUCCUUUUAUCCUUUACCCUUCAACCCCAGUUUUAUUUUUAUUAUUAUUUUUUUUUUAUACCUGCUUUGUUCUCAGUGUUGAUUGAGGCAGUUAGAGCGUCACAUGUUCUCUCAUGCAAGAAAAUACGAUGAAGAAAAUGCAUAUUUUCCUGCUGAGGUUUUAUAGAGAUCUUUAUAGAGAUCUGAAAGUAGAAUUUUUGUUUCACAGUCUCUUUUAUAAAAAGUAUUCGCCGCCUCAUAAGGUUAUACUUGUUAUUCAUGGGCUGU